AAUCAAAAUCGUAUUCGGUGAUUUGAGUUCGAAACAUCUUCAAGAUGAAGUUCUUCUUGGCUCUUCUCAGCUUGGCCGUUGUGGCUUACAGCAGUCCUGUGCCCAAGGACGAAUCAGUGUUAAAGUCUGUGGUUGGUAGCUUCGUGAACUGCAUGAACAGUGAUGUUAACUUGUGCAUCAAGGAACAUGCCCUUCGCGCCACCGAACGUCUGGGAACCGUUCGCAAACUGAACAUCUUCGAAGGUCUCACGAUCCUGAACAGCAACCCCAAGGAAGCCAGGAGCCUGGAGCCUCUGUCUACCGAACCCCAGAUCAGGAACAAGGAGGUUACUGAGAGGCUGUGGGAGAAGGCCAACGACCUGCUUCAGAACAGCGAGCUGGAAAUCAACUUUGGUGGUGAUGAUGGAGAAGCCAGGUCUCUUGAUAGUGCUGAGGAGGGCCGUGGCAAGAAGAAGGACAUGAAGAAGAAGAUAAAGAUGCUCAUGCCCCUCGUGCUCCUGCUGAAGGCCAAGUUAGCUGCCCUCGCCGUCCUCUUCCUCGGUGUCAUCGCCAUCUCAAUCUGGAAGCUCGCCGUCAUUGCCAAGAUCGCUUUCAUCGCCAAGAUCAUCGCCAUCAUCAAAGCGCUCUUGGCCAAGAAGCACGAGGAACACGGUGGAUGGGCUGCCCCUGUCCAUGAUGACCACGGUCACGGACACGGGGGCUGGGAAAGCCAGGGAUGGGGACGAUCUGGAAAGAUCGAAGGAGCUGAUAUGGCCUAUGCUGGAUACAAACAGCAGUAGACUAGGACUUAGUGCGUUGAAGCCAAAUAUUUGCCAUUACCGCCAUAUUUAUUUUGUGUGAGUGCGCGCGUGUUUGAUUAUUUAUUUAUUGACUGCUUUCAACUUCUUUUCAUUCAUUUUAUGCGACGAUGAAACUGGGGUUUCACUGUUUGUAGUAAUUUGAUUGAAAAGGAACUUUCGUCUUCAAAUCGUAUUUUAUGGGUUGUGAUAUUUUAUUU